AGAUUGUGGAGUCCAUUAAGAAGCUUAUUUUGAUUUGGGCCUUUACUUAUGGAAUUCUGCCCAAGUGUAGCUUAGGUUGCAUGCCUUUUGGUUGCUGCCAUAGCUAUUGAUUUUAGUUUGGGUUGGUAAAACUCUACUUGAAGUUGUUUUUCAGUUUAGUUGGGCUCGAUGAAUGUGGCUUGUUGAGCUUGCUCAAGAGCUCUUACUGAGCCGAGAUUUGAAGCUUGCAGUGAGCUCGAGCUGAAUUCUAGCUAACUAAUUUUUGUCGAGCCUUAAUUGUAUAGUAUAUAGUAGAGCUCGAGCCUUUAUCAAUUAUGAUUAAUUACAUGACAAGUUUGCAAGUCAUACAAAUUGAUUCAACAUUUUGACUAUUUUUUUAAUUAAAUAUAUAAACGAGGUAGAAAGAAAUUGGUUAAAAAUGGUGAAAAACACUUUAAAUUAGUGUAAUAAAAUGUGUAAGUUGGUAACGAAUAAGUAACUCGAUGCGCUGCCCGAACAACCCGCAACCCGAUCCGCCCACAACCCGCCCAGCCCAAAACCCGAUGAACCCGUAACCUGAUUUGCCCGCAACCCGAUCAACCCACAACCCAACUAACCCGAACCCGAUUGAACUCGACCUGAUGAACCCGCAACCCGAUGAACCCGCCCGAAUCUGUCCGAUUGAACCCAGACCGAACCCGCCCGAAUCUGCCCGAUUGACACCUAUAGGUAUGAGUAUAGGUAAAACUCGAACUACUUUGAGUAGGGUAAAGGACCCGACCCGACCCAUUGCCAUCCCUAAGAGAUGGCAAACGGAGAUUUUCCGAAUUUCAUUACUGUUUGAGCAAGAAAGGGGAAAGAGCAGAGAAGAGCGAACAGCUCGAGUGACUGAGUCAGCUUUGGCCGUUGCCGAGGGCCAGCUAGCCAGCCGUCUACUACCUCCCCCGUCUCUGUCUCCUGGUCGGUCCACCGUGUCUGCUAGCCAUCGCGACCGAGAAUAAAAGCAGCCGCCAAAGGAGGCAUUUCGGAACUGGUUGAGUGGUUUAGCAGUCUUGUUACUGGGUAAGAAUGCUUAAAUCUUAUUUCUUCUUUGGUGCGCUGAAUCAGAAUCGAUUCUCGGGUGAUUUUUGCUGAGAUGUCUGGUAACUGCCAGCUAGAUGCUGUUAACUGUUUUGACUUUUGAGGGUUUCUAUUACUGUUUGAACUCUGAACAGUUGUGAAAGCUGAGCGUUUCAUUCUGUCCAUCAUGAUGAAAGUUUGAUGAACCAGCAGCUUUUGGGGUAGUAUUUUGAAUGUUAAGUAGUGAAAAAACUUUAGCCGCUAUAGUUUUAGGUGAUUUACUUUGUGUGUUACGGUUCAAUGGGUUUGAAGGUUAUGAUGGUUCUUGCGUGGUCUUUGUUUGUGGUUGCAUCUAUUUAUGUCAUUGGAUUUGGGAAAUGGGAAUCUUUUGUCUCAAGGAAUUGGUUUUUGUACGUCAUCGAUCCCAGGUGAAAGGAGGGAGAUAGAGGCUGAUAAGUUCGAGUUGAAAUUAUUGAAAGGCUCCUUGAAAACCUAAUUCCAGACUGCUGAGUCUUGCCACGUCGAGCUGAUGGUAUCUCUGGUUCAAACAUCCAGUUUUCCACUCAUUCCUCGGUUUCGCUCUUCACAUCCUGUCCUUGAGGAAGCUCGGGUUCCAUGUCGUUCAGGGGUGAGAUGUCAUGUGGUGGAGCCACUGAAGUUUGAGAAUGGGAAACCCUGCAUCCCAGUCCUUCCUGCUGGCGAACGUUCUCUGCCUAGCUUCCUAACCACACCUCAACUAGGCAACAUUGUCUCUAGCAAGAAUGACACUAGGCUGCGGAUAUUCUCUGGCACAGCUAAUCCUUCUCUCUCACAGGAAAUCGCAUGCUACAUGGGUUUAGAACUCGGGAAAAUUAACAUAAAGCGUUUUGCUGAUGGUGAAAUCUAUGUCCAACUGCAAGAGAGUGUACGAGGUUGUGAUGUAUAUCUUGUGCAGCCCACUUGUCCUCCUGCAAAUGAGAAUCUUAUGGAGUUAUUGAUAAUGAUUGAUGCUUGUCGGAGGGCAUCAGCCAAAAAUAUAACUGCUGUGAUUCCAUAUUUUGGGUAUGCUAGAGCUGAUAGAAAGACUCAAGGGCGUGAAUCCAUUGCUGCUAAACUUGUGGCAAAUUUGAUUACAGAAGCUGGUGCAAACCGUGUUCUUGCUUGUGAUCUUCAUUCUGGGCAGUCAAUGGGUUAUUUUGACAUCCCCGUGGACCAUGUAUAUGGUCAGCCAGUGGUACUAGAUUACCUUGCUAGCAAGAGAAUUUGUUCUGAUGACUUGGUGGUGGUAUCUCCUGACGUUGGUGGUGUAGCAAGGGCUCGUGCUUUUGCCAAGAAAUUAUCAGAUGCACCCCUAGCCAUUGUAGAUAAAAGGCGGCAUGGGCACAAUGUUGCAGAGGUGAUGAACUUGAUAGGUGAUGUUAAGGGAAAAGUUGCAGUGAUGGUGGAUGACAUGAUUGAUACCGCUGGGACGAUAAGUAAAGGUGCAGCCCUAUUACACCAAGAGGGAGCAAGGGAGGUAUAUGCCUGCACUACACAUGCUGUUUUCAGUCCACCUGCAAUAGAGAGGUUGUCUAGUGGUCUUUUCCAAGAGGUGAUCAUAACAAACACGAUCCCAGUGCUGGAGAAGAACUAUUUCCCCCAGCUCACUAUCUUGUCCGUGGCAAACCUCCUGGGAGAGACCAUCUGGCGGGUUCACGAUGAUUGCUCGGGUGGUUUUGAACCCUAUUCGAGCCUGGGCAUCGACUGACUGAUCAAUCAAUGAACUGUCUGUUGGCAUAUAUUGGAAAGUCCAACAAUAUGGUAAGGGGCAAAAUUGCUUUGCCCAUACUGUGGUCCACAAGAGUAGAGACUAGAGAGGAUGGAAGCAGCUUCAUAUGCAGAGAACUGAGUGCAAUGGUUGUGUGAUGUUUUGUGUUGUCCCUUAGGCUGCUCAGAAAGGCAACAGAGACGAAGCGUUCGUCUCUUGGAAUCAUGAAAGCUACAAUGAGGUGUUGUACUUGUUUGUACUAUCAUCACCAUGAAUAAGAAAGUGUAUAAACAAUGUGUACGGCAUGUAGACCGUCAGCUUAAGAAACUAGGAAAUCCUCUCCAUCUUUGAUAAUAGAAAAUGUAGUGAUUGAGUGAACCAAUAAAUAAGCUGCUGCUGUGGAAUUGCUGAUGCACGCACACACGCACUUUGCUGUUUGAGGAUUUUCUAUUUCCCUUUUCUGCGGCUAUGGAUAAUCUGACUUACCCGAGCUGGUAAAGAUGGGAGUCUUUUGUUUAUGGCAAGCCCAAAGGACAUAGGACAAAGAUUCGGCACGAUUACAAGAUUACGGAUGAAAGAUUAGUUUAUGUCACAUUUAUCACUCUAAUUUGAGAAAAUAAGCGAAUACUUAGCUU